CUGGCGUAGGAAAAAAGAGAAAAAGCCCUAUUCGUUUUUACUCAGAAAGAGAGAGGGAAAAAAAAACCCGACUCGUUUUUCUGGUUUUGGGGAGAGUUUUCUUCGUUUUAGGGUUUAAUUUUACGAAAGACGGGAGCUUCUUCUUCUUCUUCGGCCGGGGAGGAUUUCUUUUGGGUUUUGAGAGGCUCUAAGUUUUUCUUCGGCUUCGUUUCAGGUUUUUAACAAGGGAGAGUGAGAGGAGGAGGAUAAAUUGGAGUUAAUUUCUAAGGUUUCAGAGAAAGGACUUCGGUUUGGGGGUUCUCAGGCAGCUCUUUGUGAUCCCAAUUUGGGCUUUUUCUUUCUUAAACGAAGCUCAUUUUCUGAUUUUGGUCACUCUGGGUCUGGGAGGAUUUGAAAUUUUCUCUUCACAAAGAAGAAUUGGCUGGGUUGUAACUGACUGGGAGGGUAUUGGAUUCUCUCCUGAAAUCUAUUUUAAUAGCAGAGAACUCUGUGGUGCAUAGAAGCCUGGCACCAACUUCAACUCUUCUCUAUUUAAUUGCCUGUUUAUUAAAAGCUUAGAGUAUCAUGGCUGAUGAGGAACAGAAGCCCCUCCCAUAUGUACAAGAGACGGUUUUGAAGAAAAGGAAAAAUAAUGAAGAGUGGGCAAUAAAAAGGAGAGAGCAGUUGGGACAAAGGAAGUUGAGAAGUAAAGAAAAUCGAAAGCUCAACUUCAAAAGGGCCGAGCAGUAUAUCAAAGAAUUCAGAAACAAGGAGCUGGAUCUUGUUCAAAUGAAACAUAGGGGAAAGAGGCAAAGGUUGUCGUCUGUGGUACUCAAGUCCAAUCUUCUUUUUAUCAUCCGAAUUUGUGGAACAAAUGAUAUGCAUCCAAAGACUAGGAAGAUACUUCACUAUUUGAGGUUGAAGAGGAUCCUUGCUGGUGUGUUUGUGAAGGCAAAUGAUGGGAUAAUGGAUAUGCUGCGAAGGGUGGAGCCCUAUGUGACAUAUGGAUAUCCUAAUCUGAAGAGUGUGAAGGAGUUGGUUUACAAGAAGGGCUGUGGAAAGAUUCAUGGGCAGAGGGUUCCUCUCACUGAUAAUAAUAUCAUUGAACAGGCACUUGGAAAGUAUGGUAUUAUAUGCAUAGAAGAUAUUGUGCAUGAGAUUGCUACGAUUGGCCCGCAUUUUAAAGAGGUGGUGAGCUUUCUGUGGCCCUUCAAGCUUAACACGACAGAAAGUGUGCAGGGAAAGAAAAAGCUGUACAACGAUGGGGGUGAUGCUGGCAAUCGUGAAGAUCACAUCAAUGAACUCAUCUCUAAGAUGAAUUAACAUCACCAAUGCAUGUUCAAAUACCUUAUUCGCAGGUUAAAAUUUUUAUGUGUGAGAUGACCUGCUGCCAAGCUUGAGCUUAAUGGUCUACUACUUCCCAUAGCAUUCGAAUUAUCCUGUUACUUUUGGUCAAUGAGCAAUUGCAUCAGAUAGCAGUUUUGUAAACCCAUGUUGCUUGAAUCAUAUUUGUUUAUGAAAAUUUUAUUCUUUGAAAUAUGCUGUAUUAUUUAUGUAACCAACUCUCCAGGGAACCUAAUGCAUCAUUGCAUCUACCUCUGUAGAUUAUGGCAUCAA